AAAAAAGGAAAAAAAACUCAUCUUUGCAGCACUUCCUCUCAUUCGGUUUGUGUUUCAACUUUUACUGAGCUCCAGAAAAAAAAAAUACUGGAGCCGCGUACACCCGAUUGCCCUCUUUAGCUCCGAAUCUCUCUAUCACAAUCUCAAAAUCGCCAGGCUCAGCACUCUACUGAUUUUUUUCAUGCUACCAUUUUAACUCUUCUGCCAAAUUUUUUGCAUUUUGUAUGGACUUUUAAGUUGAUCUUAUUAAUUGGCAUGAGUUUGGAUUUUUUUUUUCAGAUGGGGCUUUCGCCAAAUGGAAUGGAAAUUUUGCACAAAGAGCCAGACUCAUCUGGAGGGUUUCAAUUGUCUGGGCUGCAUGCAGUGAAAAAACCUUAUCCCGAGAACAAAGAUGCUAGUGAAACAGAGGAUGAUGAAGAUGACCACUCUGGGGAGGAAUACCAGAAACCCAGUUGAGAUAGAAACCGAAAUUCACAAAGAGGAGAAGGAAUAAACAGGAAACAGAAAUAGAAAUUCUCAGAGUUUACAUUCCGUCUGCUGAAGAUGAGUGCAGGUGGUGGGGAGAGACAUUCUGAAGUGCAGUAAUGGGGAGAGACAUUCAGUUGAAGACGAAUUUACCUUUCUGGUUUUUUUUUCCAAAGCCUUCGAAACAAUAUUGUAAUGGGAGGGAGACGCAUUCGAAGGGCGGAGAGCAUUAAUUCGGUUUUAGUUUUGGAGUGUCGAGACAGUGAGAGGAGAGGGAGAAUCGAGUGCACAAACCUUAUCUUCAUAUAAAGUUUCAGAGAGAGGAGAGAGAGAGAGAGAGAGCAGAAGAGGAACUAUGCCAAUUACUGCAAUGGCCGCAACAACAGCUAGUCGGUUGCUUAUUAUUAUUCCAAUUCGCUGCUCCGAUUCAACCCCAAGACGCGGUUUUGGAACCAAAAAGAACACCAACAAGGUACCCACGAAAUCAACAGCUAAACAAUCUGGUCCUGUACCUCCUAAGGCACCUGGUUUAAGUUCUCAAUUUGAUGGGAAAUCUAACAACAAUUCAUUGGACCGUCAGUUUGAGGAGCGGCUGGAAGCUGUUAGAAGGUCAGCACUUGAGCAGAAAAAAGCAGACGAAGAAAAAGAAUUUGGAGCAAUAGACUAUGAUGCACCAGUUGAGUCAGAGAAGAAAACAAUUGGACUGGGUACCAAGAUUGGAGUAGGAGUAGCCGUCUUGGCCUUUGGUUUGGUUUUUGCGCUCGGAGACUUUCUUCCCUCCGGAAGUGUUAGUCCCACCAAGGAAGGCAAGGUGGUUAAUAAUCUGUCGGAAGAAGAGAAAGCUGCUCUUCAGGCUAGGCUUAAAGAUUAUGAGGCAAUGCUAAGUAAAUCCCCAAAAGAUCAAGUUGCUCUUGAAGGAGCUGCAGUGACCUUGGCAGAAUUAGGAAAUUAUAGUCAGGCUUCCUCUCUGCUUGAGGACUUGACAAAGGGGAAACCAAGUGACCCUGAUGUUUUCCGCUUGCUUGGAGAAGUUAAAUAUGAACUCAAGGAUUAUGAAGGGAGUGCUACUGCGUAUAAGACUUCACAGAUGGUGUCUAAAGAUAUCAAUUUUGAAGUUCUGCGUGGCCUUACAAAUGCAUUACUUGCUGCUAAGAAACCAGAUGAGGCAGUUCAAUUCCUUCUGGCGUCUCGAGAACGUCUAAAUUCACAAAUUUCUAAUGGUAAGGCUGAAGAAACAAAUUUGCUGCAGGUGGACCCUGUUCAAGUUGAUUUACUUCUUGGCAAAGCGUAUUCAGAUUGGGGUCAUAUAAGUGAUGCUGUAUCUGUCUACGAUCGCCUCAUCUCAAGUCACCCUGAUGACUUCCGUGGUUACUUAGCUAAGGGAAUCAUUUUGAAAGAAAAUGGUAAAGUUGGAGAUGCAGAGAGAAUGUUUAUACAAGCACGGUUCUUUGCACCGGAGAACGCCAAGGCACUGGUAGAUCGCUUUGCUAGACAGUAACUGAUCUUCGUUCAGAUGGGAAUUAUUUACCUCAGGAGCAUAAACUUUACGCUAAGGCCCUCAACGGAGUUCGAUUUUCUCCAACCUCUAUAUUGUAUUGAUCGUUAGAAUUGGCUGAUGAGAAUAAGGCCAGACCUGAUUUUGCCCGCUACCAGGAUUUUCCAUGUUAGAUUGUGAAUGAAAUUAAACAAAAUCAUGAAGUCUAUCAAAUGUAAAUUUCACUAGUAGUCACAGCGAAAUUCGAAAGAAAUGAAAGAUAGAUUCCUCCAUUUUAAAGUA